UGUUUCUCACAGAAAUCUUCACCCUAUGUUGCAAUACAUUUUCUUGUUUGUGUUUUUGCUUGGAGUUUCUACUGAUGGACCCCUAUGUAACUCAGCAGCUAACACUAAGAUUUAUAUUGUUUAUACUGGAGAUACCAUCAAAGAUGAAGCAGCUUCUUUACUCCAUUAUAAUUAUUUGCUACAACAGAUUACAAACAGCAACUCGACAACAAAAACUAUACUUUAUUACUAUUGGCGUAGUUUUAACGGAUUUGUGGUGAAGCUAACAAAAAAAGAAGCUGAAAGAAUGGCAGGACUUGUUGGAGUUGUUUCUGUUUUCCCUGAUGAAAAGAGACAGUUGCUCACAACAAGAUCAUGGGAUUUUAUUGGCUUUACACAACAUGUGGAAAGACAAAAUUAUGAAAGUGAUGUUAUAGUUGGAGUGAUUGAUUCUGGAAUUUGGCCAGAAUCGAAAAGCUUCAAUGAUAAAGGAUUCGGUCCACCACCUGCCAAAUGGAAGGGUUCUUGCCAAGCUUCUGAUUUUACAUGCAAUAAUAAGUUAAUUGGAGCAAAGUUUUAUCCACCACUCCAUAAUGAACUUACCUCAAAAGAUAUCGAAUCUCCUAGAGAUUCGAGUGGUCAUGGUACGCAUACAGCAUCAACGGUGGCUGGAAAUUCUAUUAAUAUGGCAAGCAUGUUAGGCCUAGCACAAGGAACUUCUAGAGGAGGAGUUCCAUCCGCACGCAUUGCUGUAUAUAAAGUGUGUUGGUUUGCUGGAUGCAAUGAAGCAGGUAUCCUUGCAGCAUUUGAUGAUGCAAUUAAAGAUGGAGUUGAUAUAUUAUCUGUAUCAAUUGGUAUCAAAGAUUCAACAAAAAAUAUAUUUUUUAAAGAUGCAUUGUCAAUCGGGUCUUUUCAUGCCAUGAAGUACGGCGUGCUGACAGUACUUUCAGCCGGGAACACAGGUCCAUACCCUAAAUCCCUUCAAAAUUAUCAACCUUGGGCAAUUAUUGUUGGUGCUAGCACCUUGGAUAGAAAGUUAAUUACCAAGGUCAAAACAGGAGACAAUAUAACUUACCAGGGUAUUUCUGUGAACACAUUUGACCUUCAUGAAAAGUUUUAUCCAAUCAUCUAUGGUGGGGAUGCACCAAAUAAAGGAGCAGGCUUUGAUCAACACUCAUCAAGGAAUUGUCUAGACAACUCUUUGGAUGAAAAGCUGGUACAAGGAAAAAUCAUUCUAUGUGAAGGAGACCAAGGAAUCUCAGAAGCCUUUAGGGUAGGUGCUGUUGGUGUCAUGAUGCAAGGGAAAGCUUAUAUGGAUUCGGCAAUCACUUUUCCUUUGCCAGCAUGUUAUCUUCAGUUAAAAGAUGCUGCAAAAAUACAUACAUACAUCCGUUCUACAAGCUUUCCGACUGCAACCAUCUUUAAGACCACUGAGAUCAAAGAUAGUUUGGCACCUGUUGUUGCCUCUUUUUCAUCAAGGGGUCCAAACGACGUUGUACCCGAAAUUUUGAAGCCCGACUUAAUUGCUCCUGGAGUUGACAUCUUGGCUAGUUGGUCCCCAAUUUCUCUAAUUUCUAAUAAUUUUGGUGAGACCAGAAAGUUGACGUUCAAUAUUAUAUCAGGAACAUCGAUGGCAUGCCCUCAUGUAUCCGGAGCAGCGGCAUAUGUAAAAUCAUUCCAUCACACAUGGUCACCUGCUGCUAUUCGGUCUGCUCUUAUGACAACAGCUGCACAUAUCAAUACAGAAAAUAACUCAGAUGCAGAAUUUGGUUAUGGAGCUGGCCAAAUUGACCCGAUCAAAGCCGUUAAUCCAGGUCUAAUUUAUGAUGCUGAUGAAAUGGAUUAUGUUAAAUUUUUAUGUGGACAAAACUUCAAUACAACUGACCUACAACAAAUCACCUGGGAUGACAGCAUAUGUUAUAACACAUCUUAUCCAUCUGCAAGAGAUUUAAACUAUCCCUCUUUUGCUCUAAAACCCCAAAAAUCUAAACACCACUUUAGAGGAAGCUUCCGGAGGACCGUCACAAAUGUAGGAAUACCAAAUUCUAUAUACACAGCAAAUGUGACAGUCCCUGAAGGACUUCAUAUUUCAGUGAAUCCUUCAGUUUUGUCAUUCACUUCGCUGGGUGAAAAACAGACAUAUCUCCUCACUAUAGAUGGAAAAAUUAAGAACUAUACUAUGUUGUCAGCUUCUUUGGUAUGGGAUGAUGGCAAUUUUAAAGUGAGAAGCCCAAUAGUUAUUUUUGAUGUUAGAGCUGAGAAAGAUGCAGAUUCCUCAAAUUUGUAUGUUAUUAUUAUUGUUGUUUCGGUAAUUUUUUUUAUUUUUUCUUUUCUUCUUUAUAUUAUGAGCAGAUAUUGGUAA